UUCCAUGGCCGGAGGUUGUAGUUCACACUUGAGCACCCAAAUAGGCUGUUAUUUUCAUAUAUUAUAGAAGAAAAACAAUCAAGUCAAGAUAAUUCAAUUUAUUAAUGGUGCCCUACUAACCAAGGUGAGGAAACAAACUAUUUUUUACUAUAGUAGUUCCUGUUGCAUGAUAAAGAUAAAAUGGAUAUAGAUUAUUGGAAUUGAUGAGGCUUCACACCAACAGUACUGAGAACUUUGUAAAAUGCAAACCCUGUUGUAGUUUUGGCAUGUAGAUGCGGAUCUGAAGAUGCAACUUGAAAAGUUGCUGUCUCGUUCAUGAUGCAGAGGGACCCAGCAAGUCAUGACUGAUAAGCACAUGCUACAUCCUUGCAUGGCUGGCACCAUGCAAAUUUGAUUCACGAAAGAACAAGUGACUAGACAACAAAAGGGUUUGUUGCAAGGACCUUAUCAUAAUCUGUAGCUCACUUAAAAGGCCCUUAUCACAAUCCGUAGUAUCUCAUUAUUGCACUGAGAAGGCACGGACUCAUAGAACCACACACAGAGACCAAGAAGAACAAGGCAUGGAGCCUCACUCAAACAAGGUUCCAUCUUCUCCACCUGCUCUAAGGGCAAACGACAAUCUCAGCAUGAUGCACUCAAAGUUUAUCUGCUGCAAGCUCUACAUUUCUGAAAGCCUCAACGCUAUGGCUAUUGAUGCAAUUGACUGCGCUGCAAGAAGUGACCUACAAGUUGCGGUGUUGAGCAAGUUUGAAGAUUGUCUCUACAACCGUGUACGCUACACACUUGUCUCCUAUAUCGUCAAUGACAGCUCAACUGGUGAAGUGAUAUAUAGCCCAAUCAGGAAGGUAUUAUUUGCGAUGAUGGAGGCUGCAUUUUCAGCCAUAAACCUCAAUUUGCAUUCAGGAGCACAUCCUAGGAUGGGUGUCAAUGAUGACCUGUCCUUCCACCCCUUGGGUCAAUCCACAAUGGAGGAUGCAGUUUCCUUGGCUAAGCAGGUGGCUUCAGACACUGGCAAUGAUUUUAGAGUCCCAGUGCUCCUCUAUGCAGCAGCCCACCCCGCAGGCAAGUCUGUAGGUGCAAUAAGGCGUGAGCUUGGUUACUACCGUCCAAAUUAUAUGGGCAGCCAGUGGUCAGGUAGCAUGCUCCCUGAUGUCCUGCCAAUUAGCCCUGAUGAGGGCCCAAACAAUGUUUCUUCUGAAAGAGGAGCCACAACAGUAGGUGCUACACCUUUUCUUGAGAACUAUAAUGUGCCGAUACUGUCUAAGGAUGUUGCAGUUGUAAGGAGGAUUACCCGUAGUGUGAGCGGAAGGGGUGGGGGGCUUCCAUCGGUGCAAGCUCUUGCACUCCAUGGUGAUUGCACAGAGAUUGCAUGCUUGCUGGAUCCGGAUCAUGUCAGUGCCUAUCAAGUUCAGACAGUGGUGGAGCAGAUUGCAGCAGACCAAGGACUUGAUGUUGAGAAGGGGUACUACGAUAGGAUGCUUGACAAGUACUUGAAUAUUGAUAGCGCUGCCGAUUGAUAUGCAUGUGACAGAACUUUUUAUGAUGCUGGCAUGCUUGUAAUUAAGAAUAACUAUAAUAAACUCAUUGCUGUUUAGUUGUGGCCUCAACCUGAAUGAAGAAUCAAUUCUAUCUGAUUGUGUA